GUCCGCACGUGGUUGCCGGUUCUUUGGCUGCUUCUGUAGUGAAGCUACUUUGUGCGGCUGCCCCAAAGGAAAGAACCCGAACGCCGCAGCGGGAGCCAUGGAGAGCCAGAGCGUGGAGGAGCUGCUGGCUAAGGCGGAGCGGGAGGAGGCGGAGAAGCUGCAGCGCAUCACGGUGCACAAGGACCUGGAGCUGGAGUUCGACCUCGGCAACCUGCUGGCUUCGGACCGCAACCCCCCGACGGUGCUGCGCCAGGCCGGGCCUUCGCCGGAGGCCGAACUGCGGGCCCUGGCGCGGGACAACACGCAGCUGCUCAUCAACCAGCUGUGGCAGCUGCCGACCGAGCGCGUGGAGGAGGCGGUGGUCGCGCGCUUGCCCGAGCCGCUCAACGAGCUGAACCGACUGCGGAACCUGGCCCGAGCGCACAAGAUGCAGAUGCCCAGCUCAGCCGGCCUGCACCCGACGGGACACCAGAGCAAGGAGGAGCUGGGCCGCGCCAUGCAAGUGGCCAAGGUCUCCACCGCUUCGGUGGGGCGCUUCCAGGAGCGCCUCCCCAAGGAGAAGGCUCCCCGGGGCACCGGCAAGAAGAGGAAGUUUCAGCCCCUCUUUGGGGACUUUGCAGCCGAGAGAAAGAGCCAGUUGGAGCUCCUCCGGGUCAUGAACAGCAAGAAGCCUCAGCUGGAUGUGACGAGGGCCACCAACAAGCAGAUGAGGGAAGAGGACCAAGAAGAGGCUGCCAAGAGGAGGAAAAUGGGCCAGAAGGGCAGGAGAAAGGGGGGCCGGCAGGGACCCUCGGGCAAGAAAAACGGCGGACCGCCGGGCCCGGGAGAGAAGAGGAAAGGCGGCCUGGGAGGCCGGAAGCCUUCCAGGCCUCCUGCUUUCGGUGGCAAGAAGAAAGGCGCGCCGCAUCAAGGUGGGAAGAGGAAGAAGUAGUAGGCUCCCCACUGGACCUGCUGUGCCAAACUAGGACUGUCUACACUAAGGGUGAAGUUGUGCACGCUGCAGGCCGGUGCAGGCGGUGCCCCUGCCCUCAUUGAGAUUGAAGGGGCGGGUUUGCCUCCCCUCAGGGGAGUCAGUGCUGGACUAGGAAUGAAUGCUUUUCCCACAACGGAGACACUGGCUGGAAAUGAAGGGCCUGUUAUGAGAACAGGAGAAUUAGUGAAAUGAUGUGGAGUAAGUUAACAACCUGCUUUUUAUCUUGACUUUGGAUACUAGAUAAGAGUUGAUCAGAUUUCUGGGGCAUAGUAGAUUGGUUCCAACAUUUUUGUAUUAUUUUUGUAACAAAGCUUGUAUAUUUACCAAAGCAAGGAGAGUGGGGGAGCCGAGUCUACCGGUGGUCUGCAAGUGUUGUAAAGGUUACUUAAUAAAAGUAUGUCGCUA